GUUUUGGUUUAGUCCUACUGAGUGACGGCACGGUAAAGUUUCCCCAUUGUGUUGUGUGCACUGUGGUUUUGCAUGACGGUGAAGACGAGAAGAAUCCCUAAGGUGCAGAACGUUUGAUUUGCCUGCUGGGUGACAAGGCGACCCCCAGCGCCACUAAAACUAUUGACAAGUCGGUGCCGUUUUCAAGCCCUGUGUGUGACAAUGGCGGACGUGGAAGCAGAGCGCAGCACCCAGCCGGAGGCCAUGGAGGAGGAGAAUCCUCUCUUCAGUAACCUGGACCUCUUCCUCUUCACCCUCAUCGCCGGCCUCAUCGUCUACUGGUUCAUGUCCCGCAAGAAGGCCGAGCCCAUCCCCGAGUUCAAGAAGCUCGACCAACCAGCACCUUCUACUCAAGAGACUAGUUUUAUUGAAAAGAUGAAGAAAACGGGUAGGAACAUCGUGGUAUUCUACGGCUCUCAGACAGGCACGGGCGAGGAGUUUGCCAACCGGCUGUCCAAAGACGCCCAGCGCUACGGCAUGAAGGGUAUGGCUGCCGACCCCGAGGAAUACGACAUGUCGGAGCUGUCCCGUCUGGCUGAGAUUGGCAACUCCCUGGCCAUCUUCUGCAUGGCCACUUACGGUGAGGGAGACCCCACAGACACCCAGGACUUCUAUGACUGGCUGCAGGAGACCGACGGGGAAUUGGAUGGAGUCAACUAUACUGUGUUUGCGUUGGGCAACAAGACAUAUGAACACUACAAUGCCAUGGGGGCGUACGUGGACAAGAGGCUGGAGGAACUGGGAGCCAAGAGGGUCUUCGACCUGGGCAUGGGAGACGACGACGGCAACCUGGAGGAGGACUUUGUGACAUGGAGGGAGCAGUUCUGGCCAGCCAUGUGUGAGCACUUUGGAGUGGAGGCUUCAGGAGAGGACUCCAGCGUUCGUCAGUACGAGCUCAGGGAGCACAAUGACAUCAACAUGAACAAGGUGUACACAGGAGAGUUGGGCCGUCUGAAGAGCUUUGAGACCCAGAAACCUCCUUUUGAUGCAAAAAAUCCAUUCCUGGCUCCAGUCACUGUUAACCGCAAGCUCAACAAAGCAGGCGACAGGCAUCUCAUGCACCUUGAAGUGGACAUUACAGGCUCCAAGAUUAGAUAUGAGUCGGGAGACCACGUUGCCGUCUAUCCUACCAAUGACACAGCGAUCGUGAACAGGCUGGGACAGAUCCUUGGCGUGGACCUUGAUUCAGUUAUCUCUCUCAACAACCUUGAUGAGGAGUCCAAUAAGAAGCACCCAUUCCCUUGCCCCACCACCUACCGUACGGCUCUGACCCACUACCUGGACAUCAUCCACCCGCCUCGCACCAAUGUCCUGUAUGAGCUGGCCCAGUACGCCACUGACCCCAAGGACCAGGAGAACAUGCGCAAGAUGGCCUCGUCUGCUCCCGAGGGCAAGGCUCUGUACCAGAGUUUUGUGCUUGAAGACAACAGGAACAUCCUCGCCAUCCUGGAGGAUCUGCCGUCCUUGCGGCCUCCCAUCGACCACCUGUGUGAGCUCAUGCCCCGUUUGCAGGCUCGCUACUACUCCAUUGCCUCCUCCUCCAAGGUCCACCCCAAUAGCAUCCACAUCUGUGCUGUGCUGGUGGAGUACACGACUAAAACCGGGCGCCUCACCAAGGGAGUGGCCACCACCUGGCUGAAGAACAAACUGGUUGCGGACAACGGCCACAAGUCCACGGUCCCCAUGUACAUCCGCAAGUCCCAGUUCCGCCUGCCCUUCAAGGCCAGCAACCCAGUCAUCAUGGUCGGUCCUGGGACCGGCAUCGCUCCCUUCAUGGGCUUCAUCCAGGAGCGUGGGUGGCUCAAAGAGCAAGGCAAGGAGGUGGGGGAGACGGUCUUGUACUGUGGCUGCAGGCACAAGAAAGAGGACUAUCUGUACCAGGAGGAGUUGGAGGAGGCUGAGAAGACGGGUGUCAUCACAAAGCUCAACGUGGCUUUUUCUCGGGACCAGGAGCAAAAGGUGUACGUGCAGCAUCUUCUGAGGACCAACAAGGAGGACUUGUGGCGGCAGAUCCACACAGACAACGCACACAUAUACAUCUGCGGGGAUGCGCGGAACAUGGCCAGGGAUGUGCAGACAGCUUUCUAUGAGAUAGCAGAGGAGCUGGGCGGCAUGACACGCUCUCAGGCCACCGACUACAUCAAGAAACUGAUGACCAAGGGACGGUACUCGCAGGACGUCUGGAGCUAAAACGCCUAGGAUCCAACCACAUCCUAUGUUUGUUUGUUUUUAGACUUGCAUUGUUAUUUGUAUCAGCAACGGUUAUAAUGGGUCACCAACCCUGGUACUGGAGAGCUACCGGUUGUGCCGGCUUUUGUUCCCGCCAAGCACUAAAACAUUGGAUUCUAUUGAUUGCCUUAUCAUGACCUUGAUUAGUUGAGAUGGGUGUGUUUGUGUCAGGCUAGAAUAAAAGCCUACACACUGGGACCAGGAUUUGUGACCACCGGGGAAGGAUAUCGCUGCCGUCAUCUCUGGUUGUUUUUAUUCCAUGGAGCAACACAAGCACUCACCAAUGCACCACAAUAACAGUCGGUCAUCCUCCAUUCAGAUGAUUUAUUGAUAUUCUAUGUCAGUCGGCCAUCAGUUUGGUAGUGUCAAGUGUAGUAUCACAUUUGUUGACGUUGUAGCUUUUGCAGGAGAACAAAUGUUUGAUAAUGAUAUACUGUAGCUGUACAUAAUUGUACGGUGCAAAGUGAGGGGGUGGGCUUAAAUACAAAACUCAUACAGUCCAAGUCUCCUCUUUAGGAAGUUGACCUAAUCUGGGUACUCAAGUGUAUUCCGAAUACAUGAUAAAUAUUUUAGAUUUGUGAAAUAAAAAGUGAGAACUUUUUAAUCUACGAAAUCAGUAACUGAGAAGCUUAGUGUUUUUUUACAGUACCUUUUGCAUUUGGAUAAGCGAUAUAGCCUUUUAUGCAAUGAUGUUACUGUACAUUUCUAAUCAAUCACAGUAACCCUUAGCAAGGCAUGAUAAAAGUAUAAUUUUGCAAUUCAGUAGUCAAGCCCUCUAUUGAGGAGAAAUUAUUAGCUUUUAUUUUCCACAAGACUGCCUUUUAAAUAUAUCAAAGAAAAUGAUUUUUAGGUUCCCUGUAGUAUUUGUAUACAUGAUGCAAGUAAGCAUCAAAGGGGAAUGGGUAAAUAAUAUGCAUAUUUCGACUUAAAUUCUCUGCAUUAUCCAGUUUACAAUGAAACAAAAACUGAACACGUACACCACUUAGUAGCAAGCAUUCAAAUGUACAUGUUUUUUUAAUCAUGCAAACCUGGCACUGUACCCUGAGAAUGUAGAUUUUUACAGCUUGUUGGCUUUGUGUCAUCUUUUUAUCUUAUUUUCUAUGUACUAUUGCACACUAAUCAGUGUUAGUACUGGAUGAUAUCACACUUAUCUAUGAAAUUUGGCAUAUCCUUUCUUCACUUCACCGUAAGCCAAGCAUAUCAAUUUGUAGAUUCAGUGUGUGCCUUAUUGAAUGUGGUGCCUGACUUAAAUGUAGAAGGUUUUUUGGAAGCAUUACUCUAAAGGCAAUUUUUCAAAAAUAUUGGAGAAAAACCAUAUACUAUGAAGACAUUCAUGUUACUUUUUUGUCCACAUUCCAUUUUAUAAUACAAUAAGUGUCAACUGAAUGAAUGAAUCUAAGCAUAUCCUUUUAAAAUUAAUAAAAAAUAUUGAUUAAAUAUUGUUAACAGAUUGAGAGUUUGUUAUUCAUGUCUGAGGUAUGCAUCUUAAUCGGAUCAAAUUUUUGAAAAUUUGAUUACCGUUAUUUUCAAUUGUUAGAUGUAAGGAUGGAGGGAUUAAGUAAUGUUUGAUGGAU